AUGCCUGCUCCUCCGGUUACUCUCUGCGCGAGUGCAGGAAACGAGGAGGCCACACUGCGUGUCCUAAAGGCCGUACACAAGGAAACCGACCGCUCAGAUCUCACCUUUCGCACCGAUAGGUUCUAUGUUUCCACUACUUUCGGAGGCAGGAUUCCAUGCAUCGAAGAGAUCCGCGAAUUCCUCGAGGAGACGGAGCUUUAUGACUACAGAAGAAAGACGUGGCUGGAGAUACCUGCAGAUAUGGACAUCGAGAUUAAAGAACCCCAGGUCACUGAGUAUAUCCAAAGGAUCGUCGAGGACGUCGUCAGAUUUUUUGAGUAUUCAGAAAGGAGGGUUAUGCGUGCGAGGGCGGAGCCAGCCACACUCAGAUGCCAGGUCGGAGCUGUCAGCGAGACAUAUCGUCUGUCUCCUGAGCUGCUCAUAACCGGCACCGAGAGGACCUUCCGCCCAGGGGUUGUCGUUCCAGAUGACUCGGAGAUUCUCACGUACGACCUCGCUGCCGUCCAGUCCGCUGCUUCUUUCAUCGCUGUCAGAGAGGAUGAGGAAGACGUCGUUAUAAACGAUGAGAAACUUCAUCUCGAACUUUUUGCUUUCGUUCGCGAUAUCUUUUAUUAUCAGAGCAACAGAACACACGUCCAUGCGCUCGUCAUGACCCAGCAUAACGCCUUCUUCUAUCGGCUGGACCGCGGUGGAAUCGUCAAGUGCCCGAAAAUUGACAUCCAUAAAAACGCCAUGGAUUUCAUUCGUUGCCUCCUCUUGCUCUGUUGUCCCGAACCUACCAUCCUCGGUGCUGACCCCAACGUCUUCUGGGUCAGCGACAGUCGCAACAUCACGACUCUGAACGCUCGAGGGGAGCUAGUCGAUUACAAACUUAACAGUCCUGACCCCAUCUGGCGGCUGGACGAGAGCCUCAUUGCUCGCGCGACAACGAUCUGGGAUGCCACCUGCCCCGAGAGCGGCGAGCGGGUAAUUAUCAAGGACUCGUCGAGGAUCGAGGACCCCGAGCGUGACGACCUUCCACUGCCUGAGUACGAGACGCUCAAACUAGCGCAGGGCCUGGAUGGAGUCGUCCAGAUGAUCGCAUACGAGGACGGCAAGCCUCUUUCCGAGCUACGUGGCCGCUUUCUACAAAACUUCUACCGAUUCGAGUGCAACUGGGUGAGGUCAAGAAUAAUUAUGAAAGCGUACGGAAGGGCUACGCAGUAUAUUGAGACCCGGAUGCAGUUGCUUCGUGGCUUCCGCGACGCUGUGGCAGGCCACCAAAAAUUAUGGAACAAGGGCGUCAUCCACAUGGAUGUCAGCUGUCUAAACAUUCUCAUGGGAAACAAGGACGCGCCAGUGGGGCAGCGCGGCGUCCUAAUUGACUUGGAUGGUUCGAAGACAAUUGGGGAAGAUGGGCUCUUGCCCGAAACUCAUGCGUUCAGGGGAACAAAGAUAUUCACGUCCCUCAGGAUCCUCGACGGCCCACACCGCCAUGCUGAUUACCUCUAUCGCCACACCCACCUGGAUGAAUUGGAAUCAUUCGCAUAUGUCCUCUGCUGUCUCUACUUCACCGUUUUCGGCCACCGCAAGUACGCUGCCUACCCGGACAUUGUGACCGAGUGGGAUUACGCCGUCGAUGAAGUUGCAGCAGCGGCGAAGAGGCGCUUUUGGGAGAAUCCCAAGCUCUUCCUCGACAACUACCGCAACCCCUUCUUUGGGAGGAUCUUCCGAGAUCUAAUCCUCGACAUAUCCAAGGUGCUCGCCGACGGCGCUUUGGCACUCGAGGAGACUCUGAUAGAGCACGGCGGCAGCCAUACGCAUAUCAAGAAGGAGUGGCUGGACGAGACGUCGAAACAAGACUACGAGGAAUACUUGGCGGCCAUCGACAAAGCGCUCGUCGCGCUAGAGACAGAAGAGAAACGAGUAAGGAAGCAGGCCAGGAAGGCGAGGAAGGAGGCUGCGAAGGAGAUCCCCAAAGCUACAAAAGAGUCAGACGCUCCACAUGCUGCGGACAACAACGUAGCAGAUUCUCAUUCUUUAGCGCCCAUCAAUAUCAAUGCGCCGGCGCCACCGACUCCAGAACGGCGAAAGCGUGGAGCCGAUGACUUAGCACGGAAAGAAGAGGACGAGGACGAGGUGUUGAAGAAGAAACCGCGACUCGAAACUGCGGAGCAAUGA